CAGGAGAAACGAACCACUUUCAAGUUUCAAUGGAAAUGAUGGGAAUAUUCUGUGCCUAAUUAGUGGAACAUUUUCCCAUCAAUUAUUUAAUUUUGAUUUGUUCAGUGAAAAGCUGAAAAUGGCAUUGAGAUUUGCAAAGCUUUAAAGGGGAGUAGUGAGAGAGAGCAGAGCAGAGCAGAGGAAUAGGGGAAGCCAUGGAUUUGCUUCCAGCGGAGACUAGGCGUUUAGCACAGAAGCAUGGAUUUAGGUCUCUGAAGCUGGUGAAUGUGUCCAUGGACGAUGUUCUUGGUGAAGACCCUGUUGGAGUGGAUUAUGGUAGGCUCGAUAAUGGUCUAUGUUACUACGUCCGAUCCAAUUCUAAGCCCAGAAUGCGGGCUGCUCUCGCCCUUGCUAUUAAGGCCGGUUCAGUUUUGGAAGAGGAGGAUGAGAGGGGAGUUGCUCACAUAGUAGAGCAUCUUGCUUUCAGUGCCACCAAGAAAUACACAAAUCAUGACAUUGUCAAGUUUCUGGAAAGCAUUGGGGCAGAAUUUGGUGCUUGUCAGAAUGCCUUAACAUCAGCCGAUGAAACCAUAUAUGAGCUUCUCAUUCCUGUUGACAAGCCUGAGCUUUUAUCUCGGGCUAUAUCGGUCUUGGCAGAAUUUAGCUCUGAGGUUCGAGUUUCGGCAGAUGAUUUGGAAAAAGAAAGAGGAGCUGUUUUAGAAGAAUACAGAGGAAGCCGCAAUGCUAAUGGGCGAAUGCAGGAUGCUCAUUGGGUUUUAAUGAUGGAAGGUUCUAAGUAUGCUGAGCGUCUACCAAUUGGACUUGAAAAAGUGAUUCGGACAGUUUCGCCUGAGACUGUUAAGCAAUUUUAUCGGAAGUGGUACCAUUUGCACCAUAUGGCUGUGGUAGCUGUUGGAGAUUUUUCUGAUACUCAGAGUGUAGUUGAACUGAUAAAGACUCAUUUUGGACAUAAAGUUUCUGCUUCUGACCCUCCAAUUAUACCUUAUUUCCCUGUUCCUUCCAAUGAUGAGCCGCGGUUUUCAUGUUUUGUUGAAUCUGAAGCUGCUGGGUCUGCAGUGAUGGUCAGUUGUAAGAUGCUAGUGGGAGAGUUGAAGACUGUAAAGGAUUAUAGGAAUUCAGUAGCAGAAGCGAUGUUCCAUUCUGCUCUAAACCAGAGAUUCUUUAAACUAUCUCGUAGAAAGGAUCCACCAUACUUCUCAUGCUAUUCUGCUGCUGAUGUUCUUGUUAGACCUAUGAAGGCUUAUAUAAUGACUUCGACUUGCAAAGAGAAAGGGACUGUUGAAGCCCUCGAAUCAAUACUGAUGGAGGUUGCAAGGGUUCGGCUGCACGGUUUUUCAGAUCGUGAAAUAUCAACUGUCCGAGCUUUAAUGAUGUCAGAAAUUGAAUCUGCCUAUUUGGAGCGUGAUCAAAUGCAGUCAACCAGCCUACGAGAUGAAUAUCUGCAGCAUUUUCUCCACAAUGAGCCUGUUGUUGGAAUUGAGUAUGAAGCACAGCUACAAAAGACUAUCUUACCUCACAUAUCAGCGGCGGAGGUAUCCAAGUUUGCUGAGAACUUCUGUACAUCAUGCAGCUGCGUGAUUAAGACAGUUGAACCUCGAGCUACUGCAACCAUAGCUGAUCUUAAAACAGCUGUGAUGAAGGUUAAUUCUCUUGAGGAAGACAGAAAUAUUUCCCCAUGGGACGAUGAAAACAUUCCAGACGAAAUUGUCUGCUCAAAACCAGAUCCAGGGUAAACAUUGAUUAAUUGUAGGAUCUUACUGCAUCCUAGGUACUCACUUUUCAAAAUAUUUAUACCCUUAACCACAUAAUGAAUUGCAAUUAGUUUACUGAGUUGAUAAGUGUAAUCCUUUGACAUCCAAGGUUCAAGAAGUCAGUUUCGACCCUAGUCGAAACCGAAUUGUAUUGGGUUUUGACCUACUUCUGGUCGAAAUUCUGCCGGUGUCGGUUGGUUGAUUUGUUCAACCAUUUCGGUGGUCAAACAACUAUAUUUUGAGCUGAAGCUUGGCAGAGACCCUAAUUAAGCGUCCCUAAACACAGUUGAACCUUUAUAUUGUUGAAAAGCACACAUAAAUUGUUACUUUGGUUUCAUACCCAAGGUUGGCAAUGUACGCCAUACCUUGCCUGUAUAUUUCUCAAAGAUAGCGUAUGUUCCUCACAUGAUUCAGUAGUACUAUAACAUACCAAAUAUAAAGAAACUAUGUACACAUGAUUUAGUCCUAUUUAUGUACCAAAUAUAAAGAAACCAAUAUGCAAUUGCAAGAUGAAUGGAGAAAAUUAUUCACUAUUAUUAAAUGUCACAAUGUCACAUUAAGAGUACAAGUGUACAGUCACUGACAUUGACUUUCACGAAUCACAAGUUCACAUGAAAGCCCAAAGGUGUUAAAGAGCAGAAGUCCCAUGCCCUUCCUCCUAGUAGUCUCCUACUCUAUGUCAAUACCACAUUGAGUUCCUGGCGGGCUCAAAAGAUUGCUGUUGCUGACGAAACCAUUCCUUCGACUCGAUUGCAAAAGAUGGUCGUGUCAUGGUAUGUCAGAAGAAAUGCUCAAAGGUCCUCACAAAAGCCUGAUAGGUGACUUACUGGCAUCAUCAACAUACACUAGGUACUCUAAUCUCCUAUAUAGAUCACUAGUUGAGGAUGAUGAUGCGAAUGUGCCUCCAUUGUAUACACUACUUGGUGUACUGGAUUGAUAGGGCUGUUGUUGGGGCCUGGGAAGGAGAAAAUGCUAUCAACGAAAGAUGCCACACCUUGUGACUGAUCGUCAUGAGUAGUGCGAAAUGCAGACAAUGUAGAGCCAUGCUGAUCAAACCCACCAUACCCACCAUACUUGACACUAGAUGUGCCUGUGGGAAAUGAUGGUGCAUGCCACUGUCCUGGUUGCUCAAACCCACGUCUUCCCUCUAGACUGAGGCCUCCUAGUGUGUCAAACAGGGAAGAAACACCCAUCUCCAAGUUAACGCUAUCAUGCUCCUCAUUUGGUUUGAACCUGCGGCGGGGGCUUUUAGUAUAGCCUGCACAUAUGGGGGCAUGCACACCAUGGUAGGCAUCUUGUGUAGCAUUAUCAAACUGAGUCUCUCCUGUGAAUCAGAUAGGCUUAGGCUCUGACUCUGGCUCUGCCUGGUCAAAUUCCUCUUGAAGGCUUGCUAUCACAAUCACCAUCAUCUCCACUAUUAGAGGGCAAUAUGUAUGAAUACGGCCAUCAGAUUGUAACUAGUCAAUAUCCUCAUCAUCCCUGCCAGGUUGGGACUCAAAAGCUUAGGGGAUCAGCCCCAUCUCGAGAAUACAUGAACUUGUGAACAUCAGCCCCAUCUAACUAGCAAGCUUAGGGUUGGGCCUACCACCGGUUCGCUGUGAUCCCUCACCCGCUCGUACAUAGGAUCCUCCACAUUUGACUGCAACUGGAAGAUGUUGAGUUCGAUUGGAUCUUUGUCAUUAUCCAUCCCAUACUAUGUGCUUUAUACUCAAUCUCAUGUUGUUAUGGUUUUAAGUAUCGGUGCGUAUCG